GAAAAAGAAUUAUCUUAUCUUCAAGAAGCAUUUUUUAAGGGGUUUCAAAUCAAAGCGUAUAAAGUUGAGUUUUUUCAAGGCAUAAUUGAGGAAAGGAAAAAGGGAGGAAUUUAUAAAAACUGGGAAGAUUUAGUUAACCGCACCAUAAGUUAUUGGGAAAAGGUAGAAAAUAACUCUUUUGAAGCAAAAAAACUUGUUGCAACUAAUAAUAACAGUUUGCCAUUUUUAGAUUUACCAAAAAAUCAAAAAGAAAAUAAAGCAAUAAUUAAUCAGCGAGAAUUUGAAAGUUUAGAAGUUUUUCAAAAAAAUGAGGAGUAUGAUAAUCAAGAAACCUUAAUAAAUGUCUACGUGAUUAUUUGUCAACUAGAAAAAAAGGACGAGGGCAAUUAUACUCUUGUGCUACAAGAUAUUAGAAAUUCUUUUAAAUUGAAUAUAAGUUCAGCAUUUUACUUAGCAAACCAGGAAAAUCUCGUAAUGGCACAUAAUUUUACCAGUGAAUUAAUUGAGGAAAAACUCCAAGAAACAGAAAAAAAUAAAGCAUAUAUUAUGUCAAAAGGAAAUAAAUGUAGUAAAUGUCUUCAAAGAUUAGAAGAAGUUCGUAAUAAAUUAGCCAAUCAGGUUUCUAUAACUGAUCCUUGUUAUUGUGCUUUCCAAGUUCCAACUCAAAGUUUUGAUUGUCCGCCUCAUGUUUGUAAGGAAAAAAGAUGUAAUCAGUGUAAUACUUCUUUUGUAGAACUCCAAUGUCCGAAAUGUAAUGCUGAGCAAGAAAGAAAAAACCAAGAGCAAGAAAAAUUAGAAUUAGAACAAGGAAUAAACUAUCUACAAUCUACUCUAAAAACAUUGAAAACAAUGAAAGGUCAUCCUGGUUAUAGUGAGUAUACAGUCCAACAAGCAGAAAAACAAUUAGCCGAAGCCAAAGAGAAAUAUAAUGAGAUACAGGCAUUAGAAGCCAUUGCUAAUCGCACUCCUCAACAAGAGCAAGAACUCCAAACCAAAAGGGAGGAAUUGAGGCAAUUAUUAGGAGACCAGCAAAUAGGAAAAGCAAGUCAGGAAAAUAAAUUCUUAAUUAGUGCAACAUCCUCCUAUAGUCCCGGUUCAAAGAUAUUAGAGUAUAGUCUUUCCCUCUUUUUGAAGAUAAAGAAUUUGGCUGCCAUCCCACUUCAUAAUUUGGAAAAAAAGACUUCGGGUUGA